AUGCCUCCUUCGGGUCCAGAGCGCGACGCCCCUGUCUCCAGGAAAGAGGGAAACAACCUCUGGACGGAAUUCUUCAAAAGCUGCUGCUUUAAAGUGCCUCUCAAAGUCGUCGGGUGUAUGUACACUUUCUGCCUCGUAGGCGGAUGUGUCAUCGGAGCCCGACUUCAACUCCUGGGACCAACUGACGCUGUCUUGCCUGCCUUCCUUUCUCUCCUCUUCUUCCUCCUCGCUGUUUGCGCCCGCACUCUUCUUCUCACGUUCUCAGAGAGUCCUGCACUGGGGCUGGGGCCUUUCUCGUCUCCGCGUCUCCUUCUUCUUCUCCUCGCGGGAUUCCUCCAUCUCGGCGCAGCUGCGUUCGCGCUCUCUCCGCUCCGCGCCACGCUCUACGAAGAAUCUCGCAGUCUUCUGCAUGCAUUUCUGGUUCUUUUUGCGUGCGCCACGGUCUCCUUCCCCUCUUCGCUCUUUGCGUCGCCUGCGGCCUUAGCGCCCGACUCGGAGGAAGGCUCUGCCUUCUCCGUCUCCUUCGCACUGUCGCGGCCUCUGUCCUUCCUCGUUUCCUUCGCCCUCGCGCUCCUCCCUCGCCCGGCCUUCUCCCUCGACGGCGUUUGCGUCUGGGGCCUCUCCCUCGGCGCGACUUCUCUCGUCCUCUCUCUCCUUCUCCUCCUCUUCAACAUCCACGGCGAACUCCAGCAACAGGCGCGCGCUUCCGAUUGCCCCUCUGUCGCCUCGUUCCUCGGCUGUCUCUCUGUCCCCUCCCUCGCGCCUCUCCCUCUCGUCUCCUCCUCUGUCGCCUCUGCUGUCUCUCGGCCUGCCUCUUUGUUCUCUUCUCUCUCGGCGGCUGCUCUCUCUGGAAAUCCUCCGGCGUGGGACCGCGCGCCUGUCUCCGAGCCUGCGGCGCGGGUGCUGGCCUUCGCCCCCCCAGACGCGGGGCGCGUCUUUGACGAGCAGUGUCUCCUCCUUCGCUGGCUGUACGACUGCGCGGAAUCCCUCCAGAGCGCGAUCGGGUUUGACGCGUCGUCUUCCGCCUUGCCUCCCUAUGCGCCGUUUCGCCCCCGCCCAAGCCUCCUGCUCUCGCGGUUGCCUUGCGACUCCUCGCUCUGGGGCGUCUGCCCCGUCUGCGCACCCGGGGGUCUCGACCGUGGAACCGCAGGCCCUGCCGCCGCGACCGCGCUGGGCUCCACGGGCUCCUGGGGCGCCUUGGAGACAGGGCGUCGCGUCGGCGGAGCGUGGCAGCUCCUGGCGCUGCUUCAAGACCCCAACUCGAGUGUUCAGCGCGAAAAGCUUCCACUCGUUCCGGCGCUCGUCGAGUUCUUCGCCGAGUGCGCAGACGACUUUCCGCUGCUUCCGCCUCAUCCUCAGGCGUCGCUGAUGUGCCCGUGCGGCACCUGCGAAAAGAGCGGAGGCGCGGCGAAGUGGGCAGAGGCGCGCAGGCGAGCGAAGAAAACCAAGUGGGGCGAAGAAGGAAAAGAAAUCUUCCUCUUCACCAGACGCGAAGCAGCCGUCCUCGUUGCCCAGCAAAUGCUCCAGGCAGGAAUCUUUGGGACCGCAACGCAGCCGAACCUCCUCUUCACGCUGUACGGGAAUCUGGUUCAUGGUGCGACGACGCAUUUCGUCCGUCUUCUCCGCACCUUUCAGCAGCUGUGCGUCGCGGCCUCUCGCGGUGCUUCCAGCGGCUCUGCAGGCGCGCCGGUGUCUUCCGAGAGACGGCCGAGUCCGGGGCGCGCUGCAGCCUCUUGCGAGGCUUCCGCUGGAAAGACGCGAAAUGCGUCUGCGCUGUGGAGGAAACUCGAACCGUUUGUGCCGCCGAUCCUCUUCGCCUUUGUCGAGAGGCGGCGCGCAGCUGAUGCUGCCGCGCCCCGUGCCGAGGGGAGAGACUCCGCCGCCAGAGACGACGCAUGCGAAACCCGCGACAACCCCUCGGCGCGCAGUCGCCGCUCCCGUCUGUCGGAGGCCGAAGACGCCCGGGAAGGCGACGACCGGAAGCCGCGUUCGUUCGUGUCGCGUCUCGCUUGCCUCUGGGAGAGAGCGAGGAGUUCCACGGGCGAGGGAAGCCGCGCAUGCCUCAGCUUCUUCGGCCCUGAGGAGACAGGCAGCGGCGCGAAGGAUUUGUGGAGAAAGGCGGAGAUGGAAUGUUCGGUGAUGAUCAAUUUCGUUGCAUGCGCCGUCGAAGGCUUCGCCUUGUGGCUGUGCGUCGCCGCUGCCGUCGCAGAACGCCUCGAAGAGCCGAGCCAGGAGAACGACGCAGACGCGCAAGUCCCGACCGGCUCUUCCCAUCCACACGUCAGCGCGGUCGCCCGCGACGCCGCUGCCGGCCUCGUUCUCACUUCCUUGGAAAUCCUUCAUCAACAACAGCUACUGCGGCGCUUCGCAGUUUCCGUCGGAGGCCGCGGGGGCCUCGCGCACUUUUCGCUGUCUCCGGAGCUCCGCUGUGCCAUGGACGAACUCGACAACAGAGUGCGCCAGGCCGUGCUGCUAAUGCGCGAUCGCGACGCUUUGAGGCUCCAGGCUCUCGCCGUCGGUCUUGGCCCCGCGGCUUCUCUGUCGCCUCUCACGCAAGCUGAGCUACGAAAGCUCCUGGCUCAAUAA